GCUUAGCGGCCGGCCGGGGACGCGGCGGCGGUGGCGGGCCGGGGAGCGGGGCAGGGGGGUUUUGAGGUGCCGAGGCAGGAUGGGCUUUGCGGAGGACAAGGUGUACGGCCACAUCCUGAGGAACAUGGACAAGUUCAAGAACAUCCACGUGGCGUCGCUGGUCGAUUCCCUCAGCUGCCUCACCGAAGCGGACAGGGAUGAACUUCAUACCCGAGAGGAGGUGCGGGGCAGCAAUGCAACCGCCUACAAAUUUUAUCAGCACGUGAAGUGCCGCCGGGGCUGGGUGAGCGACCUGAUCAACGCGCUGCACCAGAACAACGCGGGGCACCUGGCCGAAGAGCUGCAGCAGGUCUAUGACCUCUACCAAACCUCUCCUCCAAGAGCCUCAGCUCCACCAGCUGCUCCAAAUCCUCGUGUGGCCUCCUUCCCUCCUGAUGCCCAGCCCGUCAGUGCCCAGCUGCCAUUUUCGGGCCCAAAGCCCGCUGCGGACGCCCCGCUGGCCGAUCCGCCCCGCUGCACCUCGCCCACCGGUGGCCAUCCGCCUCUCCAGCGCGCUGCUGCCACCACUGCGAGCCCAGCCGGGGGCUCAGCUGCAAGCACGGACGUUCCCAGCACCGACCUGGACGCCAGGGCCCCUGUGCAGGAGAAGCCCCUGGAACAAAAGAGUCCCCAGCCACCGCUGCGGCCGGUGAGCACGGCCUGUGCUGGAGCGAGCGACGGGCACAGCGCGCAGGGGCCGCUCCCGUGCCCCGCGGAGGCUCAGCAGGCGGCAGCGGGGCCCCCGGGGGCUGCCGGCGUGGUUUUGCCAUCGGCUGCUCCCCCCGAGCAGGGCCGGGAGUGGCUGAGCCAGCGCUACCCGGUGUGCGUGGACAACGGGUGCUUCGGGAACGCCAAGCACCUGCGCCGCGCCGCGCCGGGCUCGGGGCUGGGCACGGCCGUCCCGCUGAGGGACCCGGUCACCGCUCGUGGCGCGGGGCAGCCCAGGAACGAGCCCCAGGAAGACGUCUACAUCUCCACCGAGUUGCCCGCGGGGUUGGCAGAGCCCCCAGGCUGGGGGGUGCCGCAGCCCCGCGGCUCGCAGGGGAGGCAGGAGAAGCAGGCUGAGCUCCCCGAGCGCCGAGGGCCUCCGAGCGGCUUCGUGGAUGCGCGCAGCCCCCUCCUGGAACAGCAGCGGUUUGAUGCGGAGCAGAAGCGGGUGGGGAUGCUGCGGGAGCGCGAAGGGGGAGCCACUCGGAUGGAAACAACCCCCCCGCUCGCCGCCCCCAGAGACGCUUCCCCAUCCCGCGACGUCUCGUGGAAGCUUCCCGUGCCAGAGGAAGCGCUGCCUGCGGGGAAGGCAGCCAGCAGCACCCCCUCCGUGCCAGCAGAGGAGAAAGUGCUCCCGGCCUCGGCGGCCCCUCUCCAGGGCCCAGCAGUCGGGGGAAGCUCUGUGGGCGCAGCUGGGAGGACGACGUCCUCCCGGGGGAGUCCCGCCACAAGCAUCUGGGCCUCUCGCACCGUCCCGGAGGAGGACGUGGAGCUCAGCAAGCCGGGCGUCCUCCUCUCCGUGGCGGGGGACAGCCCGCAGGCAGCCGCCAGGCCCCCGGGCGGCGCCGCUUCCGAGGCCACCGACCAGCUCGGCUUGAGCAGCGACCCGCUCCUGCUGAGCACCGACAGCUCGGCUCCCGGAGGAGCACACGAGGGAUCCGCCCCGGGACGCCGCUCCUCAGCUCCCGCAGCGUCCCGCGGAGAAGAAGCGGGGGGAGCGCGCUCCUGGUCCCCCCCGAGCUGGAGAACCGCCGAGAUCCGCGUGGCUCACAGCCCCAGCGCCCUGCCGAAGGCAAGCAACGACGGCCAGGACGGAGGCGCUCCCUUGGGCAGCCCCCCGGCUUCUGCCUCGAGCGGAGGCCGCGGCGCUGCGCCCGGCAGCGUCCCCGGCCCCGGGGACAGCCCCGGGCCGUCCCUGCCCUACCUCGUCCCGGCUGUGGGCAUCGCGCUCAUCUCCGCCGUGGCGUUCCUGGUGUACGCCCGGCUGCAGAAAUAGCGGAGCGGAGAGAAAAGGGGGUGCCGCGGCCGCCGCGCGGGAGGUUCCUCGUCCCGGCAGGAAUCCGUCUGGCACGUUUGAACCCCGAGGGACGGUAGCGGGGACCGCUGUUAAAUCUCCUCCCGGAAGGUUUCGCUGGAAGAGGC